AUGGACUUGGAGAAGACCUUCGCGACCCCUCGGGCCGGCCGUACAGGACAUGGAGGCGUGAAUCAGCUGGGGGGUGUUUUUGUGAACGGCCGUCCCCUCCCAGAUGUGGUUCGCCAGAGGAUCGUGGAGCUUGCACACCAAGGGGUCCGGCCGUGUGACAUCUCCCGGCAGCUCCGCGUCAGCCACGGCUGCGUCAGCAAAAUACUUGGCAGGUACUACGAGACCGGCAGCAUCAAACCCGGCGUCAUCGGAGGGUCGAAGCCCAAGGUGGCCACUCCCAAAGUCGUGGAGAAGAUCGCGGAGUACAAGCGCCAGAACCCCACUAUGUUUGCCUGGGAGAUCCGGGACAGGCUGCUGGCCGAGCGGGUCUGCGACAACGACACUGUCCCCAGCGUCAGCUCCAUCAACAGGAUCAUAAGGACCAAGGUGCAGCAGCCACCCAACCAGCAGGUCCCAGCCUCCAGCCACAGCAUAGCCUCCACGGGGUCUGUGACCCAGGUGUCCUCUGUCAGCACCGACUCUGCUGGCUCCUCCUACUCCAUCAGUGGCAUCCUGGGAAUUGCCUCCCCUGGCACCGACAGCAACAAGCGCAAGAGGGAGGAAGGCCUUCAGGAGUCCCCGGUGCCGAACGGCCACUCGCUGCCGGGCAGAGACUUCCUUCGGAAGCAGAUGAGAGGAGACCUCUUCACCCAGCAGCAGCUGGAGGUCCUGGACAGGGUCUUCGAGAGGCAGCAUUACUCUGACAUCUUCACCACCACGGAGCCCAUCAAGCCAGAGCAGGCCACUGAGUACUCAGCCAUGGCCUCCUUAGCUGGUGGACUGGACGAGAUGAAGGCCAACAUCACCAGCCCAACCUCCGCCGACCUGGGAGCCAGCGUGCCCGGGCCCCAGUCCUACCCCAUCGUCACAGGCCGUGAGCUGGCGAGCACGACCCUCCCCGGAUACCCUCCGCACGUCCCCCCGGCCGGACAGGGCAGCUACUCCGCGCCGGCGCUGACAGGGAUGGUGCCUGGGAGUGAGUUUUCUGGGAGCCCUUACAGCCACCCGCAGUACUCCACCUACAAUGACUCCUGGAGGUUCCCCAACCCUGGACUCCUGGGCUCUCCGUACUACUACAGCGCUGCAGCCCGCGGGGCAGCCCCACCAGCAGCUGCUGCUGCCUACGACCGGCACUGA